GGUCGAAUGCCAUGUGCUCGGAGAUCCUACCUCCUUGGGCUGUGUACCGGCAUUGGUGUGACGGCGAUUAGGAUGGUCACAGGGAGGAGCUUGAGGACAAGUGCAAAUUGGGGGGCGGGAUCAUUCGUUCUCGUUAGCGUUACCAGCUGGGAGAUGUGCAGGAGAUCCCUAGCGGCAGAGCAAAACAGGAUGAAGAUGGUCAUCCAGCACCACCAGCGCAACCGUGGAAGCAAAGCGUUGGCUACUCCAGAGUCUGCUUCACUA